AUGCGUAGAGUAUUGAUUGUUUUUCGUAAAUAUUCUGUUCUAUGUCUGAUUAUUGCUUGUUUUUGGUUAAUUAUUCGAUUAUGUGAAAUACGCGUCGAAACUUGUUUAUCACAACCAAUCAAUAACAAUAACAAUGAUAUUUAUUCAUAUUUCAAAUCAAAAUCAUCUAGUUCUUAUAACAUUUCUACGAAUUUACAUGUUCAAGAUGUUCUUCUAGUUGUACGUACUUCUAAAAAUACUCAACUAUUACGAAUGCCAGUUAUUCUCAAUACAUGGUUUAAAUUUUCUCCAGAUACAACAUAUAUAGCCACAAAUGGCAAUGCAACAUUUCUUUAUCGUUAUAUUUCUAAACGAUAUCACGAUCAGAUACAUUCGACUAAUUGUAAGCAAGCACAUUCUAUACGUGAUUUAUGUUGUCAUAGUGCAUCAGAAUUUAAUAUUUAUUUUCGAAAUCAAAAUAAAUAUAAAUGGUUAUGUCGUUUUGAUGAUGAUCAAUAUGUUAAUGUACCAUUACUUAUUGAUUAUUUAAAACAAUUUAUUCCUGACAAAGAACUUUUAUAUAUUGGUAAACCAAGUUUAAAAGAACCGAAACGUGGACGUAGUAUGAGAUUUUGGUUUGCAACUUAUGGUGGUGGUGUUUGUUUUUCUAGGGCUCUUUUAAAAAUGAUUUAUGAUGAUGUUCAACCAGAUAAUAAAUUUAUGGAAGGUUGUAUAUCAACAAAUUAUCCUGAUGAUACACAUAUAGCUUAUAUACUUCGGAAAAAAUAUCAUAUUAAUCUAACUAUUGCAAAUGAUUUUCAUCAUCAUAUUGAAUGGGAUCUAUUUACAAAUUUAACGAAUCCAUUAAAUAUUGAUCAAGCUAUUACACUUGGCUUUAAAGGUAGUAUUGUACCUCGAUUUAUACCUUUAAUGAAAAACGAUGUAUAUCAUAUGCAAACAUUGCAUUGUUUAUUAUACCCGGAUGUAAAUUGUAUGCGUUUAUUAAGAAUUUUAUUAAAUAAAUUUUAUGAAGAAAAAAAAAGGUUAAUUUAA